AUUAAUUAAAUCUUUAUAUAUGUCGAACGAUAACCCAGAUGGUUAACCAUUAGAUUUCGAGUAUUAUGAGACAAAUUAUCCAUACUUGAAUGUAAAGAAGAAUCUUUUGAACAAUACAUUGUCAAAGUGGAGAAGGGCUAUCGCUCCAUAUAAUCCAUUUGCAAUGCAACAGAUUCCAAAUUAGAAGAGAAUGGGUAUGGGAAUAAGAAAUGGAAAUGGAUUUUACUUUCCUGAUCCUUAUCCUAAUAGAGUUAAUUGGAGUGUAUUUUUUCCAACCCAUUAUGAUCCAUUGAGUGAAUAACACUUUGGAAAUCAUGGAUGGUAAACAAGAAAGUAAAAUGAAAUUUUAGAUGAAUUAUAGAGAUGCUCCAAUGUUUACAGCAUUGUCAAUAAGAGCUUAAGCAUUACCAAGAGGUUGUGUUAGAUAAAUUGAGCAAUUCAAAAGAUGUUAGAGUGUGAAUGGAGGAACUAAAUGUUAAGAAGAAGCAGAUAAUAUUAUAUCAAUUUGUCCUAAAUGGGCUUUGGAAGGAUUGAAAGAGAAGAAAAAGUAAAUGGAUAAGAUUGAGGCUAUCUAAACUCAGUAAUAUCGUUCUGUUUUAGAAGUUUCUUCAUAUAAUAAAGUAUGUAUAUAUAAAGAUAAUUAAAUAAAAGGGAAGAACAUUAAAAGAUGUAUCAGAUAAGACUUGGGCUGAUGGACAUAGAGAGAAACUUAGACCUGAUACAAUGUGGGCUGAUGAAAGAUAUACAAAUAUUACUUAAAAUGAAAUAAAUGAAGCUAAAAAACGUGUAGCUGCAAGGGAUAAAGCAACUGGAAGGUAUAAUUAUAAGAUUGAGUUAUCUAGAGUAAAAGAAACAGUUUAUGGAGUACAUCAUCCAGAUCUAUCGAGUUCUCAUCAGAGCGAAGAUAAACCUCUAUAUCCAUGAUUUAUUAAUAUAUGCAACGGAAAAUAUUAAAU